AUGGAAUUCGUAUUAGGAAAACCUCAGUUUUCUGGAAUGUUAACACUUUGGUGGGUUGCCUUUAUGAUCAACUUCAUAACUUUCUCUUCAUCACAUGUCUCCUCUUCCACAACUUCACAAAAUAGUGAAGCAAAUGCUUUACUGAAGUGGAAAGCCAGCCUUGACAACAAAAGCCAAGCUCUAUUAUCAUCGUGGAAUGGUAAUACUAGUCAUCCUUGCAAUUGGGUUGGAAUUACAUGUGAUGAAUUCAACUCCAUUUCCAAUAUUUCUCUUCAAAAUCAUGGAUUAAGAGCGUAUGACAACAUUAUUGAAGCCACAGAGGAAUUCAAUGAAAAAUAUCUCAUCGGAGUUGGAGGGCAUGGAAGUGUCUACAAAGCUGAAUUAUCCAAUGGUCAAGUUGUAGCUGUGAAGAAGCUUCAUUCAAUACCAGAGAGGGAUUUGUCUCAUCAAAAGGCUUUUAUGAGGGAAAUUCAUGCAUUGACAGAAAUUAGACAUCGGAAUGUAACCAAACUGCAUGGCUUUUGCUUGCAUACAAAGUUCUCCUUUUUGAUUUAUGAAUUCCUUGAAGGGGGUAGCUUGGAUAAGAUAAUAAGCAAUGAGACACAAGCAAUUGCAUUGGAUUGGAAUAAAAGAAUAAAAGUUGUUGAAGGUGUGGCUAAUGCUUUAAACUAUCUUCAUCAUGGAUGCUCCCUUCCAAUAGUUCAUCGUGACAUCUCAAGCAAAAAUGUUAUUUUAGACUCAGAUUAUGAGGCUCACAUAUUCGAUUUUGGAGCAGCCAAACUUUUGACUCCUAACUCAAGCAAUUGGACCAUGUUUGCUGGCACCUUUGGUUAUGCUGCUCCAGAGCUUGCUUACACAAUGGAAGUGACAGAGAAAUGUGACGUUUAUAGCUUUGGAGUGUUAGCACUGGAAAUAAUCAUAGGAAAGCAUCCAAGAGAUAUUGUGAUGUCUUUUUUCUCGACCACAUCUUCUAUAAGAGAGGCAACAAUAGAAGCCUACGAUUUUCCUUUGAAGGAAGUGUUAGACCAAAGGUUAAUUUAUCCUCAAGGUUCAGUGGCUGAGAUGGUGAUGCUGAUUGCAAGAGUAGCUUUCACUUGCUUGAAUGAAAAUCCACAAAUUCGCCCAACCAUAGAGCAAGUGUGUAAGGAGCUUGCCACAUCAGCAUCGCCUAGUUUCGUUCCAUUCCAUAGUAUCACAUUUGGAGAUCUCAACUGCAAAGAACUUAUAUCUUUGCGAGAAAGAAAAGAAAGCAGAGCAUCCUCACUUCCUUUCUCCACCGACUUUGAGCACUUCGUUUCUCGUCACUGUCGUUUCUUCUUUGCACCUUCGACUUGCUCUCCUUCUCAUUGCUGGCCUUCACUUAGUCUCACAGGUGCGUCUUUGAAGUUGGAAGAGUGGAGUUACCCGAAAUUUUUCUCCUUUGCUGUCACUUCUCGCUUGUUUGUUCAGCUUAAAUCCUGUCCUUUCUGGGUCAAGAUUGCUGGUCUUCUUCCUUAUCGUCCGAGCUGCAAAACAGAGCAUUUUUCUUUCCUUCAUCAGCGUCGACUACAUGAUGGCUCUAAGCUGUCACUACUGCACUUAAGAUUGAGGAAAGAAAAUCACAUUCUCCAGCCAUCAAGCACACAUAGCAACAGUAAAACACACAUAGAGGACCAGCAAAGGAGAAGAGACUCCAAGAUCCUUACCUCAACUAUGAUAGAAGCAGGAAGGAGAAGGUUCUGGGCAUAUUAAUAGGGAGGAGGAAAGAAGACUCUACAACACUGAACAAGGGCAGGCUGGACAUUGAGCAUGGAAGAGGGAAAGAGAAGAAGAAGAGGAAUGUCGACGGCAUGAAGGGAAACAGAAACUCAUGCUCAAAUGAUAGAUGAAGCUUCGGUGCUUAACCAUGGUGAUAAUGAGCUGAUGGCAGAGAAGAGAUAGAAGAAGAAUGGCCAACAACACUCACAGCUGCAACACAAACAGAGGGGGAAGAACAGAGGAUUUGCAAGCUCCCUAACACCCACAACGGUAGUGGACAAUGCACCCAUAUUCACUGGCAAUGAACGAUCAUAGAAGAGGAGGAGGAAAUUUCUCAAAGCAUUCUCAAUCUCUCUCUCUCUCAUUGUAGCCGACGGAAAAGAAGAGGAAUGGAAAAAAAAAAAUCUAAAAAUCUGGUGUGUUCUAUUUUAAAAAGAGGGGUAUUAUGGUAAU